GGUUCAAUGUCUAAAGAUAUUGCAUCCUUAUAAUAUUUGCAAGUUAGGAUCUUAAUUUCCUCAAAUUAAUAUUUCAUUUAUGAUUUCAUUCAAUGACUUAUUAAUUAUAUGCUGCUCACUCUCCUAUAAAUUGCUAUUCACUGCCAAUCACUCUUUUGCAUUUCUCUGAUUUCUUUGAUUCUGCCUAUUUGACAUCCAUCAUCAUGUUUUUCUACGACGGGAUGAAGUCUAACAUGACUUGUGCUAUGAAAUUGGACACUAGCCGCAAAGGAUGGUAUGAAACUAUGAGCAAAAUUCUGGGACAAAGACAAGGGAUAAGCUAUGAUUGGGAUGCGAAAGAAGGGAUGCUGUACAUUUCAGGGAAAAUAGACCCGCAGAAGAUUUUGAAGAUUGCUAAAAAUGACAAGAAAGUAGAGAUUCAUUAUAUGAAGACUGCUGAUCCAUAUGCGAGUGCUGUUGAUCAUAGGGGAUACUAUGCUCCUCGUCCUCAAUGUCCUUCAACUUCAAUGGCACCUUACUACAGUUAUCAUGACUACAACACUUCUUACCCUCCACAAUUGCCUUAUUACUACUGAAUCUAAUGAAUCUAGAACCAGAACCGCACCAGCAGUAACAGUAUUUGCUUCACUGUUGGGGAAGGGUGAAAAGUUUCAGAUAUCAUCUAGUUCUAGUCCUUUUUGUUUUGGUUGAACUCUUGUUCUAGUCUUUGUUUUGGUAAAAUGGCCUAAUUUUUGUUUUGUCAUGAUUACGGACCUUUUUUUGUAAGGUUUGUAAAAGACUGCUAUAACUAUGGACCUGUUUUUGUAAGGGUCGUAAUUCUUAAAUA